CGUACUUUUGAAGCGGUGUUGACUGAUAUGUGAAAAUGGCAGAGCUGACCACUCUAGAGAGCCUGCUGGAGAUGGGCUUUGAGAGAAACAGAGCUGAGAAGGCAGUGGCCAACACAGGGAACCAGGGAAUAGAACAAGCAAUGGACUGGUUAAUGGAACAUGAGAAUGACCCAGACAUCGAUGAGCCCUAUGUGCCGCCUGUGGGGAACGUCCUGGGAGGAGAAGCACACAGCCAGCCCAGCACAGAACAGCCGACACUAGCAGACACCGCUGAAGGGGCAGCAGAUGGAGAAAUUAACUACAUUGAGACUGAAGAUGGUCUAAAGCGGCCAAUGACAGAAGAGGAGAAACGUGAGCAGGUCAAAAGGCUAGAGGAGCUGAUGCGGGUGAAGCAGGCGGAGAGAAGAGAGCGAGAGCGAGCAGAGGAGGUGGAGAAGGAGAAGCAGCGGAGGAGGCAGGGCCAAGAGCUGCAGCAGAUCCGCCAAAAACUGCAGGAUGAUGACAUGAAAAAACUUGCAGACCAACGCAGAAGAGAGAAGAUGGAGGACAAACUAGCUAGGCAAAGGGUCAAAGAGAAGAUAGCAAGAGACAGAGAGGAGAGAGCGCAAAAGUUUGGAGGUGGUGGACCCCCGAGCACAGCUGCAUCGUCUCAGCCGAACCCGCCCAGCCCAUCAUCACCCACCAGUCAGGGUCCGCCACCCACGAAGAAGGAGUAUGAUGAGUCCAGGAUACAGGUUCGCCUGCUGGACGGCUCAACCAUCACGACAGUCUUCAAGGCCCAGGAGCCGCUGGCGGCAGUGCGUGUCUAUGUGCAGGUGAACGGCAACACGCCUGAGGGUCAGGACUUCACGCUGCUGUCACCCUACCCCCGUCACGUCUACACUGAACUGGACAUGGAGAAGCCCCUCAAAGAGCUGGGUUUGGUGCCUUCAGCUGUGCUGGUUGUUACCAAAAAGUAAGAACAGGAGGAUCUGCUCUGUGAGCCUACCUCACCACUUCCACAACAUCAACACCUGAGACACCAGAAAUAGACUGACCCACAGACAGAGCGGCCAUCUUUUAGUAUCACUCAACAAGCCAGCUAACUGAACUAAAGCAGAGACAUAGCGCAAGGUUGCAUUCAGACAAAGUAUUAAUGCUCUGAAAAUUAAGAUAUGAGGAGGAUAGCUCAUUUUUUUGAAAGAAUGACUGAGUGCAGCCUCUUGCCUUCUGUGCUGAUUCCACUGGCUGUAGGUUGGUGUGUGAACUGAGCUCAACACUGACUGUUACUGAUCAAAGUGAAGAUAGCUGGUUUCUGACUGAUACUGUUUCAAGGUACACUACUCAUGGUCUCAACACCACAUUUAUUAAAAGAAGAAAAAAUACACAGAACAAAAUCGUUAAGUUUUAAUCCAGUCCUUUUAAACGAGUACGACACAAGACCUGCUUGAGUGGUUCUGAAAGGGCCUUAAAUUUAAUCCCCACGAUCUUUCUGAUUUUAUGACAUUCUACUUUGCCAGUUUUUUUAUAAGUUAAAAUAUAUUGACAGUUAUGUCUUCAUAAUCACCAAAAAUGUACUUACAAUAAAGCUGACUUGGAAAAUGGA